AAAACCUUUUCCCACUUAUCGAAAAAACAACGCCCAACAGACCUCCGCGUUCCGCCUCUCCCAUACCCCUUGUGCGAGACAGCAACCAGCAGACCUCUUCCCAUCUUCCGUGGAUGGAGGAGUGGAGGUAUUUGUCUUUGUCUUCCGUUGCUUUGCUUUUCCGUUUGUUCUUUUUUCUUUUCUUAAUUAAUACUUUACACGUUUGGGAGCUAAGAAAUACUUUCAUCGUUAAAAAUAGUGAUAUGUCACGGGUUUUAAUCUCGUAAUAAUCCUACCCGUAAAGAGAGGCUUCCCUCUGUCUUUUUGCGUAGUCGCACCCCCCGAGCUUUUAUCAGGUCAAUGCAUGGGUAGAAGGAUCUGCCUCACAAUUUGAAGAUGCCAGACUAUGAAUGUUACAAAUUCUGCGCCAAAUAGGGGAGUCUGUGACCUUAGGUCUAGAUACAUCAGUCACUCUUAAGAGCAAAUAGAACGGCAGUGCUUAACCUGAAUCAAAUGCUAAGAGAGAGUAUCAGGAUGAGCCGCCUUCGGUCCUGGUACACAGCAGAGACUCAUUUUAUCUACCCGUAUGACUUCCGGUUCCGAGGGCGUCGGCACAGAUUAUUUGCUACGUCCUGUUCUGUCUCUACCAAAGUGACAACAGGAAGAAAGGAGAAGGUGAUUGUGAUAUCUGGACCUACCGGUGCUGGAAAAAGCAAGCUUGCAUUUGAUCUUGCAAAGCGACUCAAUGGAGAAAUCAUAAGUGCAGACUCAGUACAAGUGUACAGAGGGCUAGAUAUUGGUUCAGCAAAACCGUCUCUCACUGAAAGAAAGGAGGUGCCUCACCACCUGGUUGACAUUUUGCAUCCAUCUGAAGAUUAUUCGGUUGGGAGGUUUUUUGAGGAUGCAAGGCAAGCUACUAAAGAUGUCAUUAACAAGGGCCAUGUUCCAAUUGUGGUAGGCGGUACAGGAUUGUAUUUACGGUGGCUUGUUUACGGGAAGCCAGAUGUUCCUAAAGCCUCUCGAGAGAUAACAUCUGAAGUGCAUACAGAGAUUGCAGAUUUACAGAGAGAUGACAACUGGGAUGUUGCUGUUGAGUUGGUGGUUAAAGCCGGCGAUCCAGGAGUUAAGUCUUUAGCAGUAAAUGAUUGGUAUCGUUUACGUCGCAGGCUUGAAAUCAUUAAAUCUAGCGGGUUAUCUCCAUCAGCUUUCGAAGUACCAUAUAAUUCUUACAAAGAACAGAUUGAUUCAGGAGUAGCAGAUGCUUCUGACAAUAGCUGUUUAGCUGUCGAUGGGCUUCAACAGAUUAAAGCAAAGGACUUGGAUUAUGAUUUUCUCUGUUUCUUUCUUACUACACAGAGACUAGAUCUCUACAGAGCAAUUGAUUUUCGAUGUGAAGAUAUGCUCUUAGAUGAAAAUGGAAUCCUGUCCGAGGCUAGGUGGCUUCUUGAUUUGGGUCUUUUGCCAAACUCAAAUUCUGCAACUCGAGCUAUUGGUUAUCGACAAGCUAUGGAAUACCUCCUGUUCUGCAGAGAACAACGGGGGUCCAGCUCUUCACGGGAGUUUUUUGCAUUCCUAUCUGAAUUCCAGAAAGCUUCUAGAAAUUUUGCCAAAAGGCAGCUUACAUGGUUCCGUAACGAACCACUUUAUCACUGGAUUGAUGCUUCAAAACCAAUGGAAAUUCUGCUUGAAUUCAUAUAUGAUUCGUUUCAUAGUGAGUUUGGGUCUCUGGAGGUACCCCAAUCUCUCUUCAUGGAGAAAGAUAUGUCAAGCCGGCGUGAAGUUGCAGAAAUGAAGGCAUACCGUCCUAAAAACAAGCAUUUCGUUGGUCGUGAUGAUUGCAGCCCUGUUUUGAACUGGGUCCAGAACGCACAUAAAUCAGCAGCAGCAACAAGUGCAUGCAAAUUUUAAACUUGCAGCCAAGGGGGCUGGAUAUGUCUUUGUUAAAAACAUGCAUCUCCAUCUAGAUCUUGGAGAACAGUGGAAAAUUACAGAGUAGUUAUGUUCAAACUAAGCACUGUGAAUCUUUGCAGGAACUGAUGGCAAUGGUAAACUGCCCAGGUUGCGGCUUUGUAUAUUUAUUAGUGUGUUAGUUUUGUAAUGGUGUCCACUUAGUUUCAGUUUCAGUAGGGAGAGCAUUCUUCAACUCAAUGUCAGACAUUUUUUUAUGUACACUUAGUUUAAGUUUUUGUUAAAAUAUUACGCCUAUAAACAAUGGGCAAUUACAGAGUAAUCCGUGUACUAUUUAGAUGUGUUUGCCAAAGAGACUUAAUUAUUAGAGACCAGCGCUGAUAGUUAAAGCAAAUGAGUUUAUACGAUUUUGGGUUGAACUAACUGAUCAAAUAAUUCAAAAUUUCU